CCUUCGCGGUCGCCCCCGCCACCUCUCCCGCCCUGCCCGGCAUGGAUCUGCCCGCGGGCCCGGGCGCGGCGGGGCCCAGCAACGUCCCGGCCUUCCUGACCAAACUGUGGACCCUCGUGAGCGACCCGGACACCGACGCGCUCAUCUGCUGGAGCCCGGGCGGGAACAGCUUCCACGUCUUUGACCAGGGCCAGUUCGCCAAGGAGGUGCUGCCCAAGUACUUCAAGCACAACAACAUGGCCAGCUUCGUGCGCCAGCUCAACAUGUACGGCUUCCGGAAGGUGGUGCGCAUCGAGCAGGGCGGCCUGGUCAAGCCGGAGCGGGACGACACUGAGUUCCAGCACCCGUGCUUUCUGCGCGGCCGCGAGCAGCUCCUGGAGAGCAUCAAGAGGAAAGUGACCAGCGUGUCCACUCUGAAGAGCGAGGACAUAAAGAUCCGCCAGGACAGCGUCACCAAGCUGCUGACCGACGUGCAGCUGAUGAAGGGGCGGCAGGAGACCAUGGACUCCAAGCUGCUGGCCAUGAAGCAUGAGAACGAGGCCCUGUGGCGGGAGGUGGCCAGUCUGCGGCAGAAGCACGCGCAGCAGCAGAAAGUGGUCAACAAGCUCAUCCAGUUCCUCAUCUCGCUGGUGCAGUCGAACCGGAUCCUAGGGGUGAAGAGAAAAAUCCCCCUGAUGCUGAACGACGGCGGCGCGGCCCACUCCAUGCCCAAGUUCGGCCGCCAGUACUCCCUGGAGCACCUGCAUGGCUCUGGGCCCUUCGCGGCCCCGUCCCCCGCCUACAGCGGCGCCAGCCUCUACUCCCCGGACGCGGUGGCCAGCUCCGGCCCCAUCAUCUCCGACAUCACCGAGCUGGCCCCCGGCAGCCCCGUGGCCUCCCCGGGCGGGAGCCUGGACGAGAGGCCCCUGGUGCGGGUCAAGGAGGAGCCCCCCAGCCCGCCACGGAGCCCCCCGGAGGAGGUGGCCAGUCCCGGGCGCCCGCCCUCUGUCGUGGAGACGCCCCUGUCCCCGACUGCCCUCAUCGACUCCAUACUGCGGGAGAGCGAGCCUGCCCCCGCUGCCCUGGCCACGCCCCUCCCGGACUCGGGGGGCCGUCCCCGCUCCCCCGGGCCCUCGGCCCCUGAGAAGUGCCUCAGCGUCGCUUGCCUGGACAAGACGGAGCUCAGCGACCACCUGGACGCCAUGGACUCCAACCUGGACAACCUGCAGACCAUGCUGAGCAGCCACGGCUUCAGCGUGGACACCAGCGCCCUUCUGGACCUGUUCAGCCCCUCCGUGACGGUGCCGGACAUGAGCCUCCCGGACCUGGACAGCAGCCUGGCCAGCAUCCAGGAGCUCCUCUCCCCGGAGCCGCCCCGGCCCAUCGAGCCUGAGAACAGCAGCCCUGACUCAGGCAAGCAGCUGGUGCACUACACGGCGCAGCCCCUGCUCCUGGUGGACCCCGGCCACGCGGACGUGGGCGGCGACCUGCCCGUGCUCUUCGAGCUGGGCGAGGGCUCCUACUUCUCCGAGGGGGAUGACUACGCGGACGACCCCACCAUCUCCCUGCUGACGGGCUCGGAGCCCCCCAAAGCCCAGGACCCCGCUGUCUCCUAGAGGCCGCGCGCCCGCCCCCCAGACGUCGGGGCCUGCGGGGAGGCUGGCUGGGCAGGCGCCCGGGCGGGCUUGGGGCUUCGCUGCACUGGAACUGGCUGGCGCCAGAGCCGCGGACUCGCGCUGCGACUUUCCCACGCGCCCCCGCUCUGCGGCGGGAGGGCAGAUCUCGGACCGACGGGCGGGCGGACACGCAGCGCCUAUAAAGGACUGGCUCCCCAUGUGGCCUCUGCGUCUGCUUCCUCCGCCGCGGGCACGGGGCCUCGGGGAGGGAGGGCAGCGCUGGCGCGCACCCCACCCCUGCCCAACAGGACCACGUUGGCUCAAGUC